AUGUCGAACACGACGAGAAACACCUCCUACACCCUCGACCGCUUCGAGAAAGCCGCUCCAGAGGUAGGCGAGCGUCUGCAGGCUUCCCCGGCCGGCACCGGCACUGGCACGGGCACCAACACGAGCCAUGGCGGCUUUACCGUCGAUGCCCUCGACAAGUACAUGAGCAACAUCACCGACAAGAAGCUCCUCGAUCGUGGACGCAAAGAUCAGAAGACACGGGACGACGGCGGAGCCAUCUAG